GGAAAGCACCUAGAUAGGCCUACUAGGUGCUUCUUUUAAUAAUCCUCCAUAAUAUUUAAGAAAUCUUUAGGUGUUUUAUAUUCUUUAGAAUAUAAUGUUUGUUUUAUUUUUUUAUUUUUUAUUUUAUUUAUGUUUUGUCCUGAAAUCUGUUACGUAUAAAGAUAAUAUUUAUUGUUUAAAUCUUUCAUGAUAUGCUACUUUAAUAAGCUUAAUGAAAACGGUGUAACGUAAGCUUCAAUCUUAAUUAAAGAUGUUUUGUGGGUCUCACAAACAGCAAAUAUGUGUAAUCUGAACUCUGGAGUAUGGAGAUCUGUCUAAAUAAUAAUCAGUACAUGUCCGAAUGUAAAUACGUUUGCACUAUUUUUUUCCCAUAUUUAAUUUUUGAAUUAAUAAUUAAUUUAUAGUUUAUUUUUACAGUUCUGUGUACAUUAGGACUUUUAUUUAAGCCUCAUUAAAGUGCUUCACGAGCUUGGGGACUUUUAUUCUACUCUCAUUACGUCACUGAGUUAUUGCGCGUGUACUCCGUGAAGGUGCACGGAGGAGAUUGAACUGUUUGGAAACUUAUACCUGACGUAAACUAUUCGUAACUCAGCUUGGGUGAAAGCGUCCAACCUCUACCAAAGAGACCAGAAAGGCAUUAUUUCUCUCCUGCUGUUGCUUUGCGAGUUUUGCGUGUAUUAUGGACGGAACUUUGGAGAGAGUUGAAGUGGCGGGCUCCACAAGUGCUUCCCUCAGCGGAGGAGACGAGAGCCGUGACACUGACCACAGCGACGAGCGCUCCCUGCCUCUCAGGGAAUUUUAUCCCUAUAUUCGCUGUUCUCUCUGCAAUGGAUUUUUGAUUGAUGCAUCCACCAUCACAGAGUGUCUUCACACUUUUUGCAAGAGCUGCAUAGUCAAGCACUUUUUCUACAGCAACAGGUGUCCAAACUGCGCUAUUGUAGUGCACCAGACACAGCCACUGUACAAUAUAAGACCUGACAGACAAUUGCAAGACAUUGUUUUCAAGAUGGUUCCAUAUUUGGAAGAAGAUGAAAGGUCACGAAUAUGUGAAUUUUAUAAACUUAGAGGGCUUGAAGUUCCAAAGCCAGUGGCAGUGCCAGCCAUAGGCCCAGUGAAGCCGCUUCCGAAAAGGAAAGACGUGCUGCCUCAGUCUGUUUUCACUAUUCCAUCAGAGUUAGACGUGUCUCUGAUGUUGGAGUUUGUGGGAGCUGAACAAGGUAUUGAGAAUUAUAAGCCCCUCGAGAGGAAGUAUGUGCGCGUCUCAGGGGAAGCUACUGUCCGCCAUGUGGAGCUUUUUAUCAGGAGGAAGAUGGAGCUGAGCCCAAGAUACAAGGUUGAUGUAGUAUGUGGAGACCAUCUCCUUGAGCGAUACCAGUCUUUGAGAGAAGUUUGUAAAACCAUGGGAAAAAAUGCAUUGCAGAAUGGCAUGCUGGUUCUGCAGUUUGGACUGGUGCUGCCUGCUUCGUAAUGAGAAAAGUUACAGUAAGAGAAACUACUGUGUAAACAGCGAAUUACAGUGCAUAGCGAUUUCAUUUCAAGGGCUAAACUGAACUUUAUCUUAAAGAUGUCCUAUGCAGCAAAGAUUCUUUGUCAUCCUGGUUGCCUUCUACUUAAAAAAAAAAAUAAAAUAAAAUAAAAAAAAUGCCAGCAUUGAUUCAGCACAUGCACCUAGAAACUGUGAUGAGCACUGUGAUUAGUUAUUUUGCUAUAAUUUUUUUUUUUUCCUGGUCUUAGAAGACUUAAUAUGAAAUGCAUUAUAUUGCUUUACUUUGACAUGUCAGUUCUAUGUAAAAUGCAUAUGUUAUUAACAGACAAAAAGAAAACUCUGUAAUUUGUAAAAAUAAUCAUAUUAAUAAUUUGAUAACACUUAACAUUGUCUUUGUACAAAGAGAUGUGUCCACAGUGUCACUGUUGGACCUGGACAUGAGUUAAGUUUCUCAUAAAUUUCCCAUUCUGUGAGCACCUGUGAAAGAAUGAAAGAGGUUCAUUGUUACCCUUUAACUGUUCCAGAGGUGCUAAAGUCUUUUUGGUUGUUGUCUUUUCCUUGAUGUAAUUUGUUUGUGCUUUCUGAGCCAUACUGUAUGAUUGUUACAGGGCUUUUUGAGGACAGAAGUCUAAAUCUUUUGUUUCUUGGAACAUUGAAGUGAAGUGUGUUUCAUUUAUAAAACAGCAUUAUAAGUAAAGUCUGCUUGGCCUGACAGACCUCAUUGCAUACCUCAGAUGUAUGAUAUGCAAAUAUGACACCUCUUUUCCAUUAGUCCUUUUCAUUUAGUGAAAAGUAAUCCUUUAUGUUUUGAGAAGUCAUUUGUGCCUUUACUGUUUGUGAACUGCUAAUAUUAGGAUGAAAGGUUGUCUUAUUGUCAGCUGUACACUAAAACUAGUACAUUGGCCUAUGUGUUAUUCACCUCAUAUGCAAUUCUAGUCACCUGUUGGAGAUUCUUGUUAAAGCUAUUAUCACAAAAUACACUGCAGAGACAGAGGUGUUGAAAGAUAGACUACAUACUAAACCCAUAGGGACUGAAGAAAAUGGUUUCCAAGGGAACCGCCUCCACCACCCUGGAUGAUUUCACCUGUCUGCAAUCCACAUUGAAUUAAUGUGCUUUUGAUUUAGAUGUGACAACAUCACAGUGUAGGAUCAAAGCUUGAAGCCAGUUCAAAUCAAAGCACAAAAGAGCUUUAAAUUCUGGUUUAAUUGAAAUUGCUUUUUUAAUGUUCUGAAAGUGUGAAUACAGUAUGUACCUUGAUCAUGAAUGUGUCCAAUUUUAAGUAUCCCUAGAUGUAACCUUGAACUUUGGCAUCAUCUCCAUUUUAACAUUACAUUAUUCAUUGGAAUUCUAGCUAUAGGUAGGCCAUUAUGGCGAUUGUCAAGGGAAUUUACUGUCCAGAGCUGACCUUUUUCCAUCAGGACAAUAAAUCUUGAAAGGGCAUCUGCCAUAUUUUAUUCAGCAAAGGACUGUCGUUCAGACCAAUGUGGAGCAAAAGCCAUGUGCCUGAGGGAAUAAUUAAUCAUAUCUUUAAAUGCACCAUCUGUUGUGUGUGAAGAGAGACAGAAUCGAUUAGCCUUAAAAUAGUAGGUCACUUUUCUGCCAUUGAAAAAAAAAAAGCCAACAAA